GAGCGAUGUGUGAUGGACGGCCAGGAACGGCCGGCGUUGGUGCGUGAUGGACGGCUGGGAUGUGAUCGAGCAGAGGGUGAGAGGGUGGAGGAGAAACGGGAGGGUAUAAAAGCUGCGUUUGAAAGAGAGAGAGAGCAUUUCGUUUGUGUCCGACGAGGAAGAAGGAGAGAGCCCCCUGCGGUCCUCGCCGUUCUCUCUCUGCGCGUAUGCGUUUCUGUGAAUUCUUGAUUUUCUUUCGCCUUCCUUCACUUUUCAGGGAAGUAAAACGGAGGAUUUCUAGUUGAGAAUUGGUGAGAAUUCGUUACUGAAGCGGUGAAGUUGUUCUUAUUUUGUUUGAGGAUCUGGAACUGUUUGGUUCAUUGGAUUUUGCGCACCUACACAUGCACAGAAGAGAGAAGAGAAGAGGGAGGGAGAGGAGAAGAAGAAGAUAGAAGAGAGAGGACAUAAACUUUUCAAAUUUGUACGUUGUCACAUAAUCAUUCAAGAGAGGAGAGAAGUAGAGAAGGGUGAGGGGAGAGCGAUUUGAGUUUCAGAGAUACGUUUCCGGGGGUUUGAGGGGGUUUCAGGAAGAUUGCGAAUUGUAUUCUGGGAGAAUUUGGAGAGACUGGAGGGGACUGUAUCUUCUACGGAGAUCAGCGUCUGGAUUUGAAAGAUCGGAAGCGAGUAAAGAAAUAUGAGAAGGCUUUGAAAUGUUGUUAUUUCAUUGAAAAUUUGUAAUUGAUUUGCGUUUACAUCGCCUGAAGACUGGAAGGAGGAAACUUUCUGUGGAUUCACGGUGUUGUAAUGUCAAAUCCGAGUACAGAAGUUCCUGAAGCUUUGGUCUAGCGAUAAGACGCAUUGAGAGUGUUUACAAAAACAAUUGGUUUUGCAGGUGGAAAUUUGCUUGCGGAGCUCACAUAUCUGCGGCGAAGCUGAGGCUUUAGGUAUAGAAUAAUUAUAAGAGAUGGAAAGGGAAGUGGUGAAGACCAACAAUGGGAGCAGCAACAACAGAGAGAGAGUAGGAGGGGGUGAGGCGCUGUACAGAGGGAGCCCCCCUGAGGCCCGAACGACGUCGGAUUUCGUGUUGCAGUGGGGGAACCGGAAGCGGCCGAGGUGUAUGAAGAUCCAGGUGAAGGACGAGUCUGCCCCGGUUCAGAGGACCACGGUUCGUGUGGACCGGCGGGUCGUCAGAGCCGAUAAAGAGACUCCCAAUCAACAAACCGCCGCUGCCGUGGCCGCCACCACCACAAAUAACGGUAACGGGUACUUUAAUCUUCGUCAACGCCCAGCUUCGCCGUCGGCUCCUCCGCCGCCCCAUCGCGUUCUCAGGAAUUCUGAAGCGAUGAGAGGUCAGAGCAAUGGAGUGAGGGGACUUUCUUCUCCGGACAGAGGAGAGCACAAGGCGCAGGACAGAAAAGGCAACAACCACCACAACAAUGAUAGUAACGGCGGAGGCGGUGGAGGAGCGUCGAACUCGACGGAGACGGCGCACGAUAGCAAGAAGGGAGGGUCGUCGUCGGGGAGCGAAGCGGUGGCGGCGGUGUGGCCCCCGAAGUUCGUGAUCGCGUUGACGAACAAAGAGAAGGAAGAGGAUUUCAUGGCCAUUAAAGGGUCCAAGCUUCCUCAGAGACCCAAGAAGAGAGCCAAGUUCAUUCAACGAACCCUUAACUUGGUGAGCCCGGGGGCAUGGCUGUGUGAUCUGACAUUGGAGCGAUACGAGGUCAGGGAGAAGAAGAUCUCUAAGAAGAGGCCGCGAGGGUUGAAGGCGAUGGGCAACAUGGACUCCGACUCUGAGUAAGGCUCCGGAGGAAAAAUCAAAAUAACAAAAGAAGAAAGAGAAAGGGAAGAAACCUGUUUUUGAAGGGAGGGAGGGGAGGGGAGGGGAGGUGAGGUGGGAGAGCAGUUUAGAAUUACGAGGACGAUGGUUGAUUUGGUACUCUUUUUAAGGUGUUGGGUUUGCCCUUUUUUGGAAUUUUAAUUUUAAAAUAUUAGGUGAGGAGGGAUGGAUGUUUGGUUGCUUCCGUUUGCCAGGGCCCAGGGGGUGGGUAAUGGUGACAAGCCAAAAUCAAAUUAAUGAGAGAAGCAAGGGAUACGUUUCUUUAUGUUCUAAUUCUAUCUAUUCUUUUUUUGGUCCAUGCUUCUCCUCUCUUCCCACAUCUUUUUAUUAGGGUUUUAACGGUACUGUAAUUCUAGUUUUAAAAUUUUAAUGGAUUAGACUUGAUUUUAUUUUGCAAA